CGCGCUGGGAAGGAGGGAGGAGGCGGCGGCUGCCGGGCCGGGCCGGGGGGUGCAGUGAUGGCGUCCGCGGGCCAGGGCCAGGGCUCCGAACGGGGGUCGGGGUCCGAACGGGGGUCCGGUCGUGCCCGAGGGCGGCCCAGGGCCCGAGCCCGGCGCUGGCGGCGAAUACUCUACUGGAUCCCCGUGCUCUUCAUCGGCCUCCUGCUCGGCUGGUCCUACUACGCCUACGCUGGACAGCUCUGCGUGGUGUCAAUGGAAAAUAUUGGAGAACAAGUUGUCUGUCUCAUAGUAUAUCACUUGCUCUUUGCGAUGUUUGUCUGGUCUUAUUGGAAAACCAUCUUCACUUUGCCGAUGAAUCCUUCAAAAGAAUUCCACCUGUCCUACGCAGAGAAAGAGCUUCUGGAACGAGAGCCUCGUGGGGAGGCCCACCAGGAAGUCCUCAAGCGAGCAGCCAGAGACCUUCCCAUCUACACCAGGACCAUGUCUGGAGCAAUCCGAUAUUGUGACAGAUGCCAGCUCAUAAAGCCCGACCGAUGUCAUCACUGUUCCGUCUGUGAUAAAUGUAUUUUGAAAAUGGAUCACCACUGUCCUUGGGUGAACAAUUGUGUUGGAUUCUCAAAUUACAAAUUUUUCCUCCUUUUCUUGGCUUAUUCCCUUCUCUACUGCCUGUUUAUCGCUGCAACUGAUUUACAGUAUUUUAUCAAGUUCUGGACAAAUGGCCUUCCUGAUACCCAAGCCAAAUUCCACAUUAUGUUCUUAUUCUUUGCGGCUGCCAUGUUCUCCGUCAGUUUGUCUUCUCUUUUUGGCUACCACUGUUGGCUGGUUAGCAAAAACAAGUCUACCUUAGAGGCUUUCAGAAGUCCUGUUUUCCGCCAUGGGACAGACAAGAAUGGCUUCAGCCUGGGGUUCAGCAAAAACCUGCGCCAGGUGUUUGGGGAUGAGAAGAAGUAUUGGCCGUUACCUGUGUUCUCCAGCCUUGGAGAUGGGUGCUCCUUCCCCACUUGCCUUGUGAACCAGGAUCUCGAGCAACAAUCCACCCCAGCCGGACUGAACCCAGCGGCCAAAAACCUCGAAGGCCACCAAUUUCCUUCAAAACCACUACGGGAGUCCCAGAGCCACCUUCUUACGGACUCUCAGUCUUGGACAGACAGCAGCACAAAUCCUGACAAGGGCAAAGUAGGUAUGAGCAAUCCUGGGCUGACCAUGGAAAAUGAGACCUAGAGAGACUCUUCACACGAAGCUUGAGGUCAUGGUGCUGUGAUCGCCAGAGGAGACUCUUCAACAAAGAAGGACACCCCACAAUUGGCCGUUAAUUCCAUUUCCUCCUUGAGUAGACCUACUCAGAGAGAAGAGCAGAGAUUCCUUCUCAGUGUCACUGAGACAUAACAGAACUGCAGAAAUUUUUGUACAACGUAAAGAAUGUUCCAACUCACACAGCUCCCUGCUGAAUGCUGAGGUCAGCGCUAGGUUAUGAGCCGAGGGGAGAAAGCCGUGAAUCCUGGAGGACAGAAUUCACAGUGGAGCAAACUUGGCCAGCACAAGUCAUCAUCUCGCUAGCUAAUUCAGUCAGCUGAUUUUCGAGUUUAAAACCCUUUCAUGGCAGGCAAUCAGCUGGAGUCAGAAUCUCCCAAACCUGUCUUCUAGUAUCUGCCUUAAGGAAGUAGUCCGAGGGCCCCCCUACGCAGCUCAGCCUCAGUGGGCUUCUAGGUCUCUGGCUCUUCAUCCGUAAACUGAGGGUCUUGGACUAGCUGGCCCCUAAAGUCCUUUCCCGUCUCACAGCUGAGCUAGGUGAGGAGAUAGAGGGGGCAGAGCAGACCCAAGUGGGGGCAUCCUCUUAUGGGCGAGAAAUGGUUCCCACUUCCAGGAGCCUUGAAGUAGAAUCUCACCCAACAGGUCUCUCCAUCCCACGCUCCAAAGGGCGUGUCUGAAUGGAGAGACCUGAGCCUGGAGGUGGACAAAGGCAACUGAUGGUUACAGCCUCUGUGUCCUUUGUCCCAGCAGCACGAGAAUUCAUCCCCCCAUUUUCAGUCUUCCUAGAAUCGAUAAAAACAGCACCGCGAUGUCAUAAACUUCAAGAGGCCGGAUGAAAGCCGCCGACUGAACCCGUUUCUGAAUUCACCUUUAACCUGUCUCUCUCGGGAGUCCGGAAGCCAGGAGAGUGGUUGCACUUCCAUUAGACUCUCCUGGGCCAAGAAAGGAUUAACCCCACAGAGGCAUGGACACCCUCUUCUGUCUUAGCAAAAUGGUGGUGGUGAGGUGAUGCCGCACAAUGGGGUUAUGCAGAAGCCCACAGAAAGCCCUGUCUCUAGUCUGAGAUUGGGUUCAAAAGAAGACGAAGUGGUAUUGGUAUGAAGCGAUGUGGAGACCCUCGUGCCUUUGUAUGCACUAACCAUAGCCAGAAUAUUAAUUAGCAUGGUCUAUUUUAAGGGUUGAGCCCAUGAAUUUUAUAUGUGUUAGGAUUUUACAAUGAUAGUUUUUAUUGCUCUGACCCGGAAGUUUAGUAUAGGCAGCCUGUUAAUAGGCCUGGAGCCCAAUUAGCAAGGAAAGGGUGACAGGCCCUGGAGUUCUCCCUGAGUUUGCCUGGGCAAAGACACAAUGCCACGCAUAGAAAACCAGACAGGGCCUGGGGAAAGUGAGUGCCACCACACGGCCCCUUCUGGCUUUAGUCCUGCCCAAUGGGAGCCUGACUCUAUUCAGGCAGGACAUCAGAACCCCUCUCCCUCCCCAGAGCCCAUUCUGCAGCCUUGCCUGGGGUUUUUGAGGGGAAUUCUGGCAGGGGAAGGGAUGGGAACAGUUUCUUUCUCAUGUUCCUUUUGAGAAACAACGAUGACUUGGAUCUGCUGUGGCCAGAUGUCCUCUCAGCAGAAGUCACAUCUUCAUUUUUACUUUGGUGGAAAGGGUUUUUGUUUCUGCUACAAAGAAUUCUGCUUAUAAUUCAGAUUUCACCCACUGAGUGCUUGCUGUCUGUUAUAGGGGCAGAGUUCUGGGAGGAUCCCACGGCGGGGUGGGGAGGUUAGGAAUGCUGUCUUGAAAAGCUCUGACAAGACUCAAUGGGCUGGUCACCCCUUGUCAGAGGGGAUGACCACCUUCUCCCCAGCUGACCCCUUUACUGUCCUCUUGGGUUUCUCACUCAAAUAUUUUGCAUAACUACUCAAUGCAGUUUAUCAUCACUAGAUACACUAAUAAAAGGAGACUUUAUCAAGUUGA